UACCCACUGGAGCAACUAUCCAUGUUACGUUACGAGGAGGUAGGUAUAAGUAUAUGAUGGAUAUUGAUAUUACACCAACCUUGCAUGAAUAUAAACGAAUCACAGGUCUUUGUGGAAACCUAGAUGGAAAAAGCUGUAAUGACUGCACCAGCAGGGGAGGCCAGCUUUGUUCGGAACCGCCUCCAAAUCCUGGGUGUACAGGAGGAUAUAACUAUUUUCCAGAGGUUUUCACGGAAUCAUUUAGACUUACAGAAGAGGAAAAUCUUUUAAACGUCGAUCCUGAUUUACAUUUACUUGAGCCAUAUCCGUCAUCCAAGAAAGUGUGCUUUUGUUCCAAAAAAGAUAUCAACCAGCAUGGGACCGAGUUUGCCUCUACAGUUUGUUCGUACAGACAAUACACAAGCUGUGGUGAUGGCUUGACGUGUAUUCUAGUAGGAGAUCACGGAAGUAUCGUGGGACCAAAGAGGGACAUUCAACAACAGACGGAUUUCAAUGAAAGAGAAGAGAGGUCAGCCGUUGUUAUGACAGAGGUCGAAGCAACUGCCGCCUGCAACCUUGCAUUGAUGGCAUCACCUGUCUACAGUGUGUGCACUAGUAUUGGUAUAUCCUCCCCGGAACUCCAAACAUGCACAGCGGAUCUGAUGCUGACUGGGGAUAGUAACUGGACGAUGUAUGCAGUGGACAGAUUCCAAAGCGCAUGUCUCGAUACGAUAAAAAAGAACUCAACACUCCAAGAACACUUCCCUGAUGAAAUUAACACAAUAAAAAACUUCACGUGCCCAAAUAGCUGUUCAGGAAAGGGAUCAUGUUCUAACGGAGCGUGCACUUGUGAUGAAGGAUAUGCAUCAGACGACUGUUCGUAUGAUUUAUCCAUACCAGUAUCCAUAUCAGGUCUGGGAAAUGACGACUUAUGUGAUCUCCAGUAUGGGUGUGACUUCAUUGUGAUCGAAGGACAACAGUUCCCGUAUGGCAGAAACUACACGUGUCAAUUUAUCGGUCAGAUGACGUUCGUCAAUUCAUCUGUUCAGAUGGUGGAUGCUCAAAAUGUGACAGCUCAAUACCGAAGUCUUUUUGAAUUACUUUGUGAUCUCCCGGAUGUUGAAAAUAUCCCAGGAAGACUCGGCGUAGAGUACAAUGUCUAUGUUGCCAUGGAUUCAUUUGAUUUCAGUGACGCGUGGAACUUCGUCGUCAUAGAUACGACCUGUCAAACUUUCACCUAUGAGGAAGGAGCAGUAUCUUUUGAUAUCCAGGAAGGGUAUUGUUUCAUAGAAGGUGUGUGUAUACUAACAGGCUCAUAUGACCAGGAGGACUUGUGUCAGGAAUGUAAUAGCCAAAAGGAUGUUUACACAUGGACCGAGUCUAAAGACUGUGCUGUUAGUGACCUGAGAACGGCGGAGAAUAAUCCUCAAGUGACUGUCAUCGUUGCGGUUACGUGUUCCGUCGCCAUUGUCAUACUCUUUGUCGGUUUUGGAGUUUAUUAUUGGAAGGUGAAAUCCACUAACUCUGUUGUGAAGGACAUCUCUGUUGGUUAUUCUACGAAGGCAGAUGCUGUGGAAAACAUUCACUUCAACCAACCCCAGAAUCAAAAACAAAACAGCAGUUUUUCUCUUAAAAGCAACAAGACACAGCCAUUUCCACUUACAGGGAAGGUUUGAAAUUGUUGUCACCAAGCAAUAUAACGAGUUGAAAAAGAAACAAUAAGUCAAUCCAAAGUAUCAUGUGAUAUAGCAAAACAAGUGACUUUCAUUCCACAGCAGCUAGAUCAAAAAAUGAAUUCGAAGUAUCGUUUUUUCCUUAGAAAUGAAUAUCUCUUUGACCAAAUUAUAUAAGAUAAGAUAUACCUGACUUUGUUAGAAAUUAUCAUGUUUUAGAAAUAGAUCCCAUAUAGCAGGAAUUACUGGAGAUAUAUAUGGAAUUAAAUAGAUAUGUUUGUCAAGAUAUAAUUCCAUCAGCCAAAAGGACUUUCUUUGGAACAUAAACUGGUGACUUGCUGCAGUAACUUCGUCCGCUUAGUUUAAAACCUUGGUAACCAUCCUAUAUCAGGAAUAACUAGUUUUAUAUCUAUUUCGGAACAAUCCAUUGAUUUAACAUACAUGUCUAUAUGUAUACAAACGCAUACAAGUACUCUACUAGAUCCAGCUUCUGGUCAAAGUAUCAAACCCAGUGGUAUGUAUUUGUAUGGGUGUUUUCGACAAAACAUAAGCAAAUAUCAAAAGCUGCUGAAAUACCUAACCGCUACUAUCAAAUAACUGAAAUAUUAUGAUGGGAAGGAACUCUUGAAAUCAAUAAACCACGUUUAUUCAAUGAAUCGCCCUGUAGGAAGGUCUUAAGAAUUAUACAUGCUGCCCCAUUGCAUGAUCGGUAGAGGCGACUAAAUUUAGGAUCGUAUCUUUUCUCUUAAUUCUUUCCAAAUAAUUGUCUUCCUUAUAAUGUCUCCCUUGACAAUGUCUCGCUUUUGGUCUUUAAUGAGCAUUUGCCGCUAUCAAAAAAGUUUUGGGUUAUGUCCCUUUGCCGGGUUAUACAAUAAAAAUGGUUGUUGCUACUCCGGUUCGGGGGAUUAGACGACGAUUAGUUUCUAACGUUGUCAGUAUAAUGUAACCGAAUGAGUACAUUACAUUCGGUAUGUAUCAGCGAAGCAGCACUAAUAAAGUCGGUAUCAUACCGAGGUUUCAAAAUCUA